AUGGCCAUAUUUGUCAUCCUCACUGUGGCAAACUAUGGCUUCUUUGCUCCGUUUCUCUGGAAGGAACUCUAUGAAGAGAUCGCCUUUGCUGUUUACUCAUUCUUGGCGACUUGGGUUUUCGUUCUGUACAUCCGAUGCGCUGGCAUAGAUCCUGCAGAUUCUGGAAUCUAUGUGGCAGAUGAUGACAUGCCAGACGAUAAGUCACAGGACAUCACUGACACAGAUAUUAUUGCUGAGCCAGUUAGGAGACACAGCUCCGGUUUCUUCAGUGCUGUUGGAAGAUUCCUUUGUGGUUGUGUAGUAGUACCAGAUUGCCGUGGAGAUGCCCAACCAGAUGAGGACUCUUUGCUUUGCUCAGUUUGCGAUGCCAAGGUGCGUGGAUACAGCAGGCAUUGUCGAACAUGUGACAAGUGUGUUGACGAGUUUGAUCAUCAUUGCCGGUGGUUGAAUAACUGUGUGGGGAAGAAAAACUACACCAGCUUUAUGUGCCUUAUAACCGUGAGCGUCUUUUGGCUUUUAGUUGAAUCCGGAGUUGGUGUUGCUGUGACGGUUCGAUGUUUUGUGCACAAAAAGGAAAUGAGACACCUUAUUGAUGAAUAUCUUGGAUUGCCUUUUCCUGUAUUCGCCACUGUUGUGAUUGCUUGUACAACUCUCUCGCUCGUGGCUUUACUAGCUGUUGGAGAGCUUUUCAUCUUCCAUCUUAUUUUGAUCAAAAAGGGAAUGACAACAUACGACUAUUUUGUUGCCGUGAGAGCACAAAACGAACCACCUGCUUCGUCUAUAGAUGAUGACCAAGAACAGAUUACUCAGCCACCUUCACCUCUAAGCCCAGUUGCGAGUGGAAGAAGCUCUCUCGGAGAGAGCAUGGCUUACCCUGGUGCCUCCUUGUGCACAGAUCCAAACCAGGACGAUGUUAUCGAGGAAGAAGAUGUUAUCCAGCAUCAUUUGGAGACUGGAGCUGCACCACCGCGUCGACAAGUAAAGAUCAGUCCAUGGACGCUGGCUACACUCGACCCAAAGCAAGUGUAUGAAGCAGUUGCGAAAGCACGUGCCUCCUCAUCGGUGCUUCGUCCAGUUAUCCCCCAGCACAACCCUCACAUCCCCAGCAGCCAUGCAAGCGGUGUAAGCACUCCCGGAAGCACUACUCAACAAAGCAACAACACUGCCGAGUCUAGUGGCCGUACCAUAGAUCACACCAACCCAACAGCAUCAAACGAGGAAGGAAGCAUUAAUGCUGUUGUUGUUGCUGCUCCGACUAGAGCAAACAUGGCUUCAAGCGAUGAGAGUUGGGAUCCAGAAGCUGCUCAGGGUCCAGGAAUAGAGUUGGUAACUUUUGGACGUGGUCGUCGCUGUCUUGCUACUAAUCGAGAGUUGGCUUCUCUCCGAACACACCCUCCCCUUGGUUUCAUCAGUCAUGUGAGGGCAUACAGCAUCAUCCCGGAGCUCACGCCUACUGAUCUUGAGCCUAUUGAGUAG